CAGCUUCAGAGGAUCGCCGCCGCGUCUGCGCAUGGGGAGCUGGUUGCCGCUGCAGCCGCCUGGAAUUGUGGGGGUUGUGUCUAACCCCUCGGCUGCCGGGCAGGAAGCCGAAGGUAAAAUUUAUAGGUUCUGGGCCUUAGGACCUGAUCUCUUUGGAGGUCUGCUGCCAUACUGGGUGACCUUGGGCCUGCCCGCUUCCAGGAUGGCUCUUCUGGGAAUGCUGCUUGGGCUGCUGAUGGCUUCCUGUUUCACCUUCUGCCUCAGUCAUCAGAACCCGUUACUGAAAGGUCAGACUCUCAGGUGCUGGGUAGGUGGGGAUACUUAUCUGAAGCUGGGGUGCUGCUUGGAAGAGAUGCAUUGCUACCUCCCAUUCAAGGAGUUUGCGCUCACCAGCCCAGAGAAGAGCAGGACCAAAGAAGCAGACAGAAAGGAAACCACAGCAGAAGAGGAGCUGGACUCCGAGGUCCUCGAGGUGUUUCACCCGACCCAUGAGUGGCAGGCCCUUCGGCCAGGGCAGGCUGUCCCUGCAGGAUCUCAUGUGCGGCUGAAUCUCCAGACUGGGGCAAGAGAAGUGAAACUUCAAGAAGAGGACAAGUUCCGAAGUAAUUUGAAAGGGUUGAAAAAAGGCAGAAGGCUGGACAUCAACACUAACACCUACACAUCUCAGGACCUCAAGAGUGCUCUGGCAAAAUUCAAGGAGGGGGCAGAAGUGGAGAGUUCAAAGGAAGACAAGGCAAGACAGGCCAAGGUUAAACGACUCUUUCGCCCCAUCGAGGAGCUGAAGAAGGACUUUGAGGAGCUGAAUGUUAUCAUUGAGACUGACAUGCAGAUCAUGGUACGGCUAAUCAACAAGUUCAAUAGUUCCAGCUCCAGCCUAGAAGAGAAGAUUGCUGCACUCUUUGAUCUUGAAUAUUAUGUCCAUCAGAUGGAUAAUGCACAGGGUCUGCUUUCCUUUGGUGGCCUUCAAGUGGUGAUCAAUGGGCUGAACAGCACAGAGCCCCUGGUGAAGGAGUAUGCUGCAUUUGUGCUGGGAGCUGCCUUUUCCAGCAACCCAAAGGUUCAAGUAGAGGCCAUUGAGGGGGGAGCCCUACAGAAGCUGCUGGUCAUCCUGGCUACGGAACAGCCUCUCCCUGCAAAGAAGAAGGUCCUGUUUGCGCUGUGCUCCCUACUGCGACACUUCCCCUAUGCCCAGCAGCAGUUCCUGAAACUGGGGGGCUUGCAGGUGCUACGGAGCCUGGUGCAGGCAAAGGGUACAGAGAUGCUGGCUGUGCGUGUGGUCACUCUGCUGUAUGACCUGGUCACUGAAAAGCAGAUGUUUGCUGAGGAGGAGGCCGAGCUGACCCAGGAGACGUCCCCGGAGAAGCUGCAGCAGUACCGCCAGGUGCCCCUCCUACCAGGCCUGCGGGAGCAGGGCUGGUGCGAGAUCACCGCACACCUCCUGGCCCUCCCUGAGCACGAUGCCCGAGAAAAGGUGCUGCAGACGCUGGGUGCCCUCCUGGCCACUUGCCGGGACCGCUACCGCCAAGACCCCCAACUCAGCAGGACGCUGGUCAGCCUGAAGGCUGAGUACCAGGCUCUGGCCGCCCUGGAGCUCCAGGAUGGCGAGGAUGAGGGCUACUUCCGGGAACUGCUGGGCUCCAUCAACAGCUUGCUGAAGGAACUGAGAUGAGGCUGCUCCCUGCCACCGGGACUGGACUGGGACAUUAGUGAGGCUGACAGACACCAGCUUGGAUGGGCUCCUCAGGGGACAGUAGCCAGGGGGCAGGACUUCCCUACUGGGGCCUGGGCAUCAUCUGGGCAGUGCCGGCUUGGCCAUUAAAUGGAGGCAUGAGG